CAUUCUUCUGCUAGCUAGAAAGAGAUAAGCCAUGGCUGCCCGCUUCCUCCUCCUUGCAAUCCUUGCUCUGGCCUCAUCUCAUGCCCUUGCUUCUGAUCCUAGCCAACUGCAGGACUUCUGCGUCGCUGAUCCUGGAUCAAAUGUGUUUGUGAAUGGGUUUGUCUGCAAGGACCCGAAGAUGGCCAAAGCCGAAGAUUUCUUCUCCUCCGGACUUGACAAGCCCGGCAACACAGGAAACAAACUUGGGUCUAAUGUGACUCUGCUCGAUGUCACCCAAAUUCCUGGGCUCAACACCCUUGGAAUCUCGGUAGCUCGUCUAGACUUUGCACCCUACGGUUUCCUCCCUCCUCACACCCAUCCACGGGCUACUGAGCUCCUUACACUGUUGGAAGGAACACUCUACGUCGGCUUCGUCGCAUCUAACAACCAGCUCUUCACCAAGGUUCUUAACAAAGGCGAUGUGUUCGUAUUUCCUCAAGGUCUGAUCCACUUCCAAUUCAACAAAGCAAAGACCAAUGCCGUCGCCAUUUCUGGUCUCAGCAGCCAGGACCCUGGGGUGAUCCUCGUACCCAAUGCGGUAUUUGGAGCGAAUCCACCCAUCUCCGAUGAUCUUCUUGCCAAGGCCUUUCAGUUGGACAAGAAGACUGUAGAUUGGCUCCAGGCCCAAUUCUCGAUGGGCAACAGCAACUAGGCAACUGCAUGCGAACUACUUGAUAUCUGAUAUUUGGAUUGGUUUUCUUGUAAUGGUUUGAAUAAGCAAACACUGUCCUUUUGUUUGCACAUAUUUGUUUGAGUUAACAUAUGUUUCCAACAUUAUACGAUUAAAGAGAAUUACUUUCAUCAGUUAA